GUCCAGUUUUCAGCUUAACUUGUGUUCAGAGCGUCUUUGGCCGUCAUUAAACAGGAGCGCACGCUGUUUUGUUUAAAUAUCAGAGCCGCGUUUUCCUCUCAUCCAAAUUGCACAUUAUCUGUUUUCCAUGGUCAGCAUUUCCCAGGAAAAUUAACAUAUUAACGCGGCUGGUGUCUGAACAAACUGUCACUCGACUGCCUGACAUUAAUUUGGGAUUAAAAUGGUCAUCAAGGUUUACAUCGCCUCCUCAAGUGGCUCAGUAGCGGUCAAGAAGCACCAGCAGGCAGUAGUCGGGUUCCUGGAAGCCAAUCGAAUCAGCUUUCAGGAAGUAGACAUCACCAUGCGGGAGGAAGAGAGGCUGUGGAUGUACCGCAACAUUCCCAGGGACAAGCAGCCAGAAAAAGGGAACCCACUGCCUCCUCAGAUCUUCAAUGAGGACCAUUACUGCGGUGACUAUGAAGAUUUUUUCCAGUCAAAGGAGAACAACACUGUGUUUGCAUUCCUGGGGCUGAGUUCCCAGCCCACUGUAACAGACUCGGAGUCCUAAAUCAAACCGCUGGUUCGCAUCCACCGUGGAAACUUAAAAGCCUGCAUCACUGCCUGCAUUGCAUCACCUUCCUGAAGUUCCUCCUUGGACGAUGCCAGCAUUUUGCCGAGCGCCAGUCCUCACCGGCGUUUUUUGCACGACCUCUUCUGACUCCUGACAUUCCAACAUCACCUAGUGUCUGAAAAGUGUCCGCCUGCAGCCGCAGCGACCUGAACCGAGGAGGAUUAACUUCAUCAUGGUUGCAUUUGUGUUCCUUUUUAACGUCUCAACACACUGUGAAAGCAAACGUUCUUUGUUGCACAAAUUUUCUGCAAACUAGAGGACUAUGUAGCAGCUUUUGCAUCAGUGCCCUUUGGGUAAUCUAAAAAGAAGUGGAUGGAAAAAAUGAUCAGGUGCAGCUGAGCAAUGCGAUGCACUCAAUUGCACACGUACCUAGUGUCUCUGUGACUGUCUGCCUCAGUCAGCAGCUGUUGAUUAUGGUUGGGUUAAGUGAGCGGUACAUUUAAAGUAAACAAGCGAAGACUUUGUCCCUGUGCUUGUCUGUAUGCCAUGCUGAAUGCAAAGACUCUUAAAAUGUUGAAGAAAGUGCUGAACAUUAUUAACAGCACUGAAUCUGUAGCCACAACCAUAAAAAGAAAAAAGAACUAACAACAAAAAACACUGCUUUUGUAUAACUUCACUGCCAAACUAGACUGAAUAAAAAAAAGGCAUGUCUUGUUGUUAUCUGCAUUUUCAUUGUUUGCAGCAAAAUGGCAAGAAAUGGCCAACACAUGUCGCAUCCCUCCUUUCUGUGACAGAAAGACACAAAACUGUUAAAUUCCACUGGAGCUAAAUGAAUCCAGUCAAACAGAGGUAAUUAAUGGGAGUUGUUUUAUUCUGGUGAUUACAGGAUUUGUGCUGCGGGAUCCCGGACGAUAGAUAACUGAGCAGUGUGUGACAUUGUACUAAAAUAAUCUACUAAAGUAUGCAAAAUCAUCAGUCAACA